CUUCGUCAACAUCAACCCCUCAACUUCUCUCGCUCCCAGCGCUUUCCUUCACAGUAGUGCGGCCCACAAUGCUGCGCUCUUCUGUUGCCACGGGACGCCAGGUGCUACUGUCCUCCGCUCGCCAAAGGACGGCCGCGCAAUGGCUGUCCAGAGCUGGGGCAAGCAGCCGGUUCUCGAAUCAGAGAUUCUUUGCCGAUGCUAGACCUCCCACCACCGGUGCUCCCACUCCUGUCACCCCGUCCUCCGCGUCGCCUGUGCCCCCGGAGGUUGUCAUUCCUAAGCCGGAGCCUACCGAGCAGGGCUCCGAGGUUCCUCCCGUCGCGCCUACUCCAGCUCCCAAGAAGGGUGGCCGUUUCCGCCGAUUCCUUCUCUACCUGCUUCUGACUUCGGGCUUCGCUUACGGUGGUGGCAUCUUCUUGGCUCUCAAAUUCGACAACUUCCAUGACUUCUUCACCGAAUAUAUCCCCUACGGUGAAGAGAGCAUUCUAUACUUUGAAGAACGAGACUUCUACCGUCGAUUCCCCAACACCUUGAAGAGCCAGGUCCGCUUCCCUCUUCGUAGGGAUGAGAGCAACCAGAUCACGAUCCCUAGCAAGAGCGGAUUGACCUCGAAGGUUGCCGAGGAGGAGUCAGCUGGAGCUGAUAUCUCGCAGAAGGGUCCCCACAUGAGCACCGUUCAGAAGGACAAGGGCAGCGAAGCGCAAGCCAAGCCUGCCGCUGCCAAGCCCGAGGAGAAGUCCGCCGCGGUCGAGAAGGCCAAGGAGACGAAGGCUGCCAAGGAAGAGGCACCUAAGCCGGUCGAGAAGGAGGAACCCAGACAACCUGCUUUGCCCGCAGUGACCCCUCUCGAGUUCGCCAAGGUCAACGAAGGCGAUGAGGCUAUUGUCCAGGAAUUGGUGAAGACUUUCAAUGAUAUCAUCACCGUGAUCAGUGCCGACGAGAGUGCCCCGAAGUUCUCCAAGCCUGUUGAGAAGGCCAAGGAGGAGCUCCAGAAGAUUGGCGAUAAGAUUAUCGCUGUCCGGGAAGAGGCGCGCCGUGCUGCUCAGGAGGAGAUCAACCAGGCCCACGCUACCUUCGACGAAUCCGCGCGCGAGCUCAUCCGUCGCUUUGAGGAAGCUCGUGCCACCGAUGCCGCUCAGUAUCGCGAAGAAUUCGAGGCCGAGCGUGAGAAGCUUGCUCGCGCUUACCAGGAGAAGAUCCGCACAGAGUUGCAGAGAGCCCAGGAGCUGGCUGAACAGCGUCUUAAGAACGAGCUGGUCGAGCAAGCCAUUGAGCUUAACCGCAAGUACCUCCAUGAAGUGAAGGAUCUGGUGGAGCGUGAGCGUGAAGGUCGCCUCAGCAAGCUCAAUGAACUGACUGCCAAUGUCAGCGAGCUGGAGCAGCUUACCACCGGCUGGAGAGAGGUCAUUGACACCAACCUCAAGACCCAGCAAUUGCAGGUUGCCGUCGAUGCUGUCCGCUCGGUUCUUGAGCGCUCUGUGGUUCCUCGCCCGUUCGUGCGCGAACUCGUUGCCGUGAAGGAGUUGGCCGCUGAAGACCCCGUCGUUGAUGCGGCUAUCGCCUCGAUCAACCCCACCGCCUACCAGCGUGGUAUUCCCUCCACAUCUCAGAUCAUCGAGCGCUUCCGUCGGGUAGCCGAUGAGGUCCGUAAGGCAAGCCUCUUGCCCGAGGAUGCGGGUAUUGCCAGCCAUGCUGCCAGUUUCGUUCUGAGCAAGGUCAUGUUCAAGAAGGAUGCUGUUGCUGGCAGCGAUGAUGUUGAAAGUGUUCUCUGCCGGACCGAGAGCCUUCUGGAAGAGGGCAACCUUGAUGGCGCCGCCCGUGAGAUGAACAGUCUCAAGGGCUGGGCCAAGAUCCUGAGCAAGGAUUGGCUGGGUGAAGUGCGCCGAGUGUUGGAAGUGAAGCAAGCCCUAGAGGUCAUCGAGACUGAAGCGCGUCUACAGUGCCUGAGGGUCGAGUAAACCAAUACCCUCCGCGUUUGUUUAGUUUUCUUGUAUCUCAUGCCUCCUCUUCCUCCUCCUACAGGAAUUGUACCUCUAGUUCCCAAUCGCGUUGUUAGACUCAAUGCUAGAUGUUUCCUCUGUG